AUGCGCUCUUUGCUUACUGGUAAUCGACUGCAGGACAUUUUCAACGCGGCUGGUGCGAUGGAGCGGAGUGAGCAUGGGUUGGUGGGGGACGGCCACGACACACUGAGCAUUGUUCUUCACACACGUCUGCUUCAUUCCGCCAUUUUUCGUGGUUUUUUUUUCUCUGGGCAGUUGCGGGCCGUGGAGUCGGUUGGUGCGCAAGCGAACCUGAUGUUCUCCUUGUUUGGAGUGACUGGGAGUGAGUCCCAGCAGCGAGUGGAGAGGCGCGUUGUCGAUGUGUUUGAGAGCCUGCAGAGACAGGAAGGAAGGCCGCUUUCUGCAUGCAAAAAUGCUGCGGUGCUGCUUGCUGUGCAGGGUGACGUGUUGGCUGCUGGUGAUGGCGCGUUGCCGUUGAGAUUUGUGGUUCUAGACAUUCGUCCACUUGCGCCGAGUCUUCCCUUCACGUGGCACUUUACGUGGGCCGAGAUAUGUGCGCUGGGGCAGCUUGACACGGCGCCUGGUGUGGGCCACGGAUCGGUUCCGCUCCCUGUUUUCAAAACAACUCGUGUUGCCGUAGCGUCCCUGGAGCCGUACGAUGCACUUUCGAGGGAGGCGUUUCCCGCACUUAAUGGGUACCUUCGUGAGGCCCGCCUGUGGCGUCGAUCAGCUACGGGCUCAACGAGAUUUACCGCUGCUGCUGCUGCUGGCGCCGCUCUUGUGCUUGCCGCCGUGUUUGUGGGAAGACUUUAUUUUGGGUCUCGCCGUGGAUAA